AUGUUCAAUAAUAUUUAUUUAAAUAAAAUCAAAUUUGAAUUAUUAGAUAAGGUUAUAUAAAAUAUUUCUCAUUUAUUAAAUAUUAAUAAAGUAAAUUCGUAAAUAGGGAGAUUUUUCAAUAUUUAAGUAUAUAUAUUAGUCUUUCUUCAAUAUUAAAAUUUUUUAUAUUUUGAAAACAUAUAUAUUUAUUCUUGUUUAGUAUCAAUAAAUUAUAUGAUUGAAGCAUUUUUCAUAAAAAUUAAGCUAUAUUUUUAAAAUAACUAAGAUACUAAAUAUNUAAGUGCCUGUUGCUCCAAUUACAUCUGUUCCUGUUUAAUAAAUAGCCCCUGUCCAAGUUUAACCUAUAGCAGUUGCCCCAGUAGCUUAAGUAAAUUUGAAUUGAAUUUUAGCACCAAACCAUUAAAGGUGAAUCCAGAAUUGAAUAUAUUCCAUAUUAAAAAGCUGUUGUUGAAUAUGAAGAAUAAGAAAUUGUGUCUUAUGUUCCAAGAGAAACAAAAGUCACCGAUUAUUAUGCUGUUGAAUAUUAAACAGAAUAUAUCCCAUAAGUAUUCUAAGAAAAAUACACAGGUAAUAAUAAAGAAUUAUUAUUUAGAAUACGUACCAGUUGAUAGAUAUUAAGAAAGAGUGGAAUAUUAUCCAGUUGAAAGACAGGUAGUUCAUUAACAACCAACAUAAGCUGUUUCAGUUGUCUAAUAACCAGUCAUCUAAUAAUCAGUUUAAUACGUUCAAUAACCAGUUUAAUAUGUUUAAUAACCAGUUUAAUAUGUUUAACAACCAUUGAUUGCAUCUAGAGUUGUUCCUUAAUUUGUAUAACCAUAAUAUGCUGUUCCUCCAAUCACAAGACCAUCUUAACCAUAAUAAUAAUAAUCCCAUUAGCCAUAAUAAGUUCAAUCUUAAUAGCCAAGGUCAUAGGCAGUCCAAUAAUAGUAAUCACAAUAACCAUGAAAUAACAUUAUACAUAUAUA